CCCUGUCACUGCAGAGAGCCGAGGCACCAUGCUUGGGGGCUGGGGACCACUUCUAUUGCUGCUGCUGCUGGCGGUCUGCCUGGGGGCCCAUCGCCGGAACCAGGAGGAACGCCUGCUCGCGGACCUGAUGCACAGCUAUGACCCCCACCUGCGGCCCGCCGAGCAUGAUUCAGACGUGGUCAAUGUCAGCCUGAAGCUCACCCUCACCAACCUCAUCUCCCUGAACGAGCGAGAGGAGGCCCUCACCACCAAUGUCUGGAUAGAGAUGCAGUGGUGUGACUAUCGCCUGCGCUGGGACCCACAAGACUAUGAAGGCCUGUGGGUGGUGAGGGUGCCGUCCACCAUGGUAUGGCUGCCAGACAUCGUGCUGGAGAACAACGUGGAUGGUGUCUUCGAGGUGGCCCUCUACUGCAAUGUGCUCGUGUCCCCUGAUGGCUGCAUCUACUGGCUGCCGCCUGCCAUCUUCCGCUCCUCCUGCUCCAUCUCCGUCGCCUUCUUCCCCUUCGACUGGCAGAACUGCUCCCUCGUCUUCCAGUCCCAGACCUACAGCACCAACGAGAUCAAUUUGCAGCUGAGCCAGGAAGACGGUCAAAGCAUUGAGUGGAUUUUCAUCGAUCCCGAGGCCUUCACAGAGAACGGGGAGUGGGCCAUCCGGCACCGGCCAGCCAAGAUGCUGCUGGACGUGGCAGCGCCGGCCGAGGAGGCGGGCCACCAAAAGGUCGUGUUCUACCUGCUCAUCCAGCGCAAGCCCCUCUUCUACGUCAUCAGCAUCAUCACCCCCUGCGUGCUCAUCUCCUCCGUCGCCAUCCUUAUCUACUUCCUCCCUGCCAAGGCGGGUGGCCAGAAAUGUACCGUCGCCAUCAAUGUGCUCCUGGCCCAGACUGUCUUCCUCUUCCUUGUGGCCAAGAAGGUACCUGAGACCUCCCAGGCGGUGCCACUCAUCAGCAAGUACCUGACCUUCCUUCUGGUGGUGACCAUCCUCAUUGUGGUGAAUGCUGUGGUCGUGCUCAAUGUGUCCUUGCGGUCCCCACACACACACUCCGUGGCCCGAGGGGUCCGCAAGGUGUUCCUGCGUCUCUUGCCCCAGCUGUUGCGGAUGCACAUUCGCCCACUGGCCCCAGCAGCUGUGCAGGAUGCCCAGCCCCGGCUCCAGAAUGGCUCCUCCUCGGGGUGGUUGAUCACCACUGGGGAAGAGGCGGCCCUCUGCCUGCCUCGCAGUGAACUCCUCUUCCGGCAGCGGCAGCGCAAUGGGCUGGUGAGGGCAGCGCUGGAGAAGCUAGAGAAAGGCCCACAGCCGGGGCAAAGCCAGGAGUUCUGUGGCAGCCUGAAGCAGGCCGCACCCGCCAUCCAGGCCUGUGUGGAAGCUUGCAACCUCAUUGCCCGCGCCCGGCACCAACAAAGUCACUUUGACAGCGAGAACGAGGAGUGGUUCCUGGUGGGCCGUGUGCUGGACCGUGUCUGCUUCCUGGCCAUGCUUUCGCUCUUCGUCUGCGGCACUACGGGCAUCUUCCUCAUGGCCCACUACAACCGAGUGCCAGCCCUGCCAUUCCCUGGAGACCCACGCCCCUAUCUGCCCUCGCCAGACUGAGCCAACCAAUCACUGCUGGGCAUGUAGGAGUCAUAUAUGUGGGUCACACUGAGUCUUAGCAGCUGUGUUCUUCUGUUGCUGAGGUCAUGAGUGUGCCCUUUGGGAAGUGCCCUUUAGGACCAAAUGAGCCAAAAGGUCCUGAAAAAAGCUGGAGAAAUAAAGAGAGAGAG